GGUCUAUUUCAUAUUCGUGCAGCUUUGCAAAAGCAUCUCAACGGCUAAUCAUCAGACAGCAGCUGCCAGGCAGGUGUCAGGCUUCUCUUUUCUUUUUUGAUUUGAUCUCUCUCUCUUUUAAUAUAUUUCUUUUCAAAGGGUGGGCUCUGGCUUCCCUCUGGAACUGGCUCCUUAGAAGUGCAUCUGCCUGAGGAAUUCUGGGCUCAGGAGGAUUUGGGGUUUUUUUUUAACACCUUUUCUUAGGGUCUUAUUAAAAAUAAGAAAGGUGCUAGGAUGGAAAAGGAGAGCAGGAUGCCUACCAGGUAUGGAUCAUUGGAGUCAACCAAGUGGACAGCUGCAGACCCAGCCAAAGAAGAAAUUGUUUCCAUGGCUGAUUCAACUACAACCGUGGGUGACAUAGAAGGGGAGCUCUUUAAAAUCGAGAGGAUCAGAGAGGUCCUGGUGAGAAGAGAGUCAGAGCUGAGAUACAUGAUGGAUGACAUUCAGCUUUGCAAAGAAAUCAGUCGGCUGAAGAAGGAGCUCCAGAAACUCAUCGCACUCCCAGAGAAAGAGAAGUCCAACGAGGAGAAGCAGAGGGAGGAGGAGCUGGUGCAGCAGAUACACAAGCUGGUGGAAACCCGGGAUUUCCUGGUGGACGACGUGGAAUUUGAAAGACUGAGAGAAAAAGAAGAAGACAAGGAAAUGGCUGAAUUCCUGCAAACAAAGCUCUCCAAAAGCUGCCUCCAGAAAGCAACCCCUGUCAAAGAGAAGAAGAUGAUGUCCAGAGGGCAGCAAACCUCCACACCGUACGUGACCAAAACAGGCCUCACCUUGCUCAAGGAAUGCUGCGGUUUCACCUGUUCCAUUAUGUAGACUCUCUCCCAGGCCUCCUCUGCACAGGACAAGAUCAUGGCAGGCCUCCAGGCAGAGUCUGUGGCUCCUGACAGCUUCAACCUCCCUUCAUUGCUCAUGCUUCCCACAGCAGCACAAAGACGGAAGGACAUUUCCAAGCGGGCCGGUGCAAGCUUGGACGUUGGCUUGUUUUCUUGAUGCCAUUUAAGUGGGAGUUGCCUUCAUGACAUUAAAAACAAAUUCCAUCUGAUCUCAGUAUGGACGGGGCUUUUACAGCAGCAGAUCAGGUGCAACUGAAGUGGGUUUGUUUGUUUUUCUUAACUGAACUGGAUCAAAAAAGGCCUUGGAAAGUUUGCAUUCAGUGACCAUCGGGCCCCUCCCCACCCACCUGGAAUGCUGUGAUGCUGUGGCUGGGUGUCGAGCACGCCUCUAGCUUCAUACCAUUUCCCAGCUCUUUUGCUCUAUGGGCUGCCUCCAAAGGACACGUUCUAGGAAAGCCUAGAUUUUAUAAAUAUCUGCACUCUGUUUUAUUGUCACAGGCUUUGUGGUUAUGGGUAGGGCUGCAGAUUUGUCACGGCAUCUUUUAUCAGAAAUCACAAAUCAGGCAUAGUAAAGUUAUAAAAGUCACUGGUUUGUGAUUUUUGAUAAAAAUUGCCAUGACAAAUGAGGAGGAGGGGUCCCGGGUGAAGUUGGGGAUAGAGUAGGGUGACCAGAAAGUAAGUGUGAAAAAACGGGACAGGGGGUAAUAGGUGCCUAUAUAAGAAAAAGUCCCCCAAAAUGGGACUUUCCCUAUAAAAAUGGGACAUCUGGUCACCCUAGGAUGGAGAGUGAGCCCACCCCACCUUUAUCCCUCAGUCAGUGGUGGCUCCUGUCCCAUGGGGCUGGGCCCUGCUCCCCACACUGGGCAUUGAGACUUGAUGGUCUCAGCGUUGUUCGGGUUUGACCUGGCCACGCCUCCAUCAUGAUAAUGGAGAGGCAGCCGGGCCAAACCUGAGUGGUGCUGCAACCCAUGAGCCUGGUCACAAGCCUCCUAGCAGAGAGCCAGGCCCAGCCCCACAGGGCAGGAGCUGCUGCUAUGGGGUGAGUUUAUUAAAGCCACAGACACAAAGGUAAGUCACGGACUCAGGAAGAUCUUGAUAUCUGGGACAUUGUUCCCACCAUGCCAAACCUGUAGUCCUGGUUUUGGGUAAUGCUCUGAGAAAGGUCAGAGUUCAAGUCCAGGAGGGAUGUCCAUAUGGGUUUGAAUGAUAAUAUAAUAAUACCUAGCUUUUAUACAGAGCUUUUCCUCAGCAGCUCUCAGUGAUUUACAAAGGAGGUCAGAACCAUUAGCCCCAUUUUAGGGGUGGGGAAACUGAGGCAGGAACUGCCAGGAGACCUAGCAAUAGAGCUAGGAAUAGAAAACAGGUGUCCGGACUCCCAGUGCGCUGCUCUGUCUACUAUGCCACACCACCCAUGUUCUCAACAGCUUACGUCCUGAGUAUGGCCCCGCUGUGUUCAAACUGGGGUGGUGCAAACUGGUUUCAAACUCAGUGGAGCACUGUGGGUUCUGUCUCAACCCCAGUGUUACUGGGUCUGUGAUCCAGGGAGGAGAAAAGGUAACGGAACAGAGAGGAAGGAGAGAAAAACAGGGCGAAGAGCAGAGUGAAAAACAAAUAGAAAGCGCCUGGGGAGAGAGAGGGAUGGGAAAGGCACAGCAAGAAACUCCUACUGACAACCUCGGUACAGUGGCUCAGCUGCUGCCCUCGGCUACACUGGCACAGCCCUAUGGGAAUCAGUGGGGUAACUGAGAGGAGAAUUUGGCCCAGAUGUAGCACCCACUUGUGCCAGUCUACCUUGGGAUUCUUCUGCCUGGUAGCUGGCUGCCCUAUGGCUAGGAACCCGUGUUGAUUCUUUUCAUUGACUCACCCUUUGGACCAGGGAUUGGCAACGUUUGGCACGCGGCUCGCCAGGGUAAACCCCCUGGUGAGCUGAGCCAGUUUGUUUACCUGCCGCGGCUGCAGGUUCGGCCGAU